AAAUCCCGCACCGUCAACCCCGAGCUGAACGCCGCCCUCCGCAUGGCAGCCACAAACUUCGACCGACAAGCUCUCCUGCCUGCCGACACAGACUGGUACUACGACUUCGACUCGAACCCAAACUACGACUCACCCAACGGCGCCGUCAUCAACGCCGACGCUGCCAGUUUCCCUGCUCUCACUGGCAUGGGAUCUAGCAUUGCCUUGCUCAAGCUAGCUCCCUGCGGAAUGCUGCCACCGCAUCUGCACCUCAGGGCUACCAACUUGGUCACUGCCAUCACGGGUAACACAACGAGUUACAUGAUUGGGGAAAAUGGAGUCAAGACCAGAAAAGUUGAUUUGAUCCCCAUGCGUGUUACCAUUUUCCCUCAAGGAAGUCUCCACACGAUGCAGAACAAUGAUUGCGAACCCGCUCUCCUCCUCAGCGCACUCAACAGUGACGACAGUGGUACCCUCAAUAUCCUACCCAGCCUCUGGACCGUCCCACAAGAUGUCAUCAGCGCUGGUUUCGGCGAUGCGUCUCUCAACACCGAGAGCCUUGGCCAGAUGAUUCCUGCAGUGGGUACCGGAGCUAUUAUUGGGAGUGCGGAGUGCAAGAAGAAGUGUGGUAUCCAG